CUGAAACUAUAAUGGAAUCUUACUCGUACUCGUACACUUCUUCUUCUUCUUCUUCAUCAAUUUACCAACGGAAAAAAACGAACGCCAAACCACCACCCGGUUUUCUUUCGUCGCUGCAUUCAGUUCGGAAACAUCCGGCGAAGAUGAUGAAGAAACCGAUAGCGCCGCUGCCACCUACACCGCCGAAAGUCUACAUGGUGGACUAUGUCAACUUCAAGGAAGUCGUUCAAAAGCUCACUGGACCGCAGGAUCAGUCCCAGCCGCGGCGCCUCCAAGAAGUGGCGCCUCCGCCGCUUAACCUCUCUACAAGUGCCUUUUCAGAUGGUCGUGAUCUAGAAGGAGCACUGCAGCUCUUCCCUUCUCCGGCUGAGACGCCAUUGUCUGCCACCUUUAGGGAAAUGAUGACAGAUACACUUGAUGGAAAAACUAGGAAUUUUUCGGAGAGUUUUGGAGCACUGAGUCCACUCAGUUUCAGUCUGUCCCCAUCUUCUCUUGCAUUGUGUUCCAGCCUUCUUAUGAGUCCAGGAACUCUAUCCUCUUGCGAGCAAGGCACUGUUCUUUAG